UUUGUUUUGAUCUGUUCAUAUUCUGUCACUGUCGUUGUGUGAAUGAAUCUUUGGUUUGGUUCUUGCUUUCCACGGAUUUCUCGAAACGCCGUCACUGCAUCCGAUUUCCUAUAAAGACCACAUUUCUUGGUUCAACUUCUUACCGCUUCCAACAUAAACUCUCACCGACUCAAGAACGUGUUCAGUUCAUCUCUCAGAGGUCUACUUUUUCCAUAAAUUCAACAAAACAAACAACGCCAUGCCUCCUAAGCGAAUUCGCUGCACCGCUGCUUCGUGCCGUGAGCCCGCUCAACGCAUCGUCGGCGACUGCACCUUUUGCCAAGGUCAUUUCUGCGGCAAGCACCGCCUACUAGAAGACCACAAGUGUACCGGUCUCGAGGACUGCAAGAAGCAGUCUCACGAGCGUAACGCUGCACAACUCGAGUCGGAACGAACCCAGGUUAUCCGGGGUGUGUAAAUCAACCAACGAGAGUCAUCACCUUACAUAUCUAUCAUGGUUCGGACUGGAGACUGGCGUCACUCCUAACAUCCACAAUGCGCAUUCUGACGGCCACGACGUAAUGAGAUUGGAUUCCGAGACAGCAUCUGCAUUAGAUGCAUAGCGUUAUUCGCCGGUGUAUAUUUCUAUUCGGAUAGUUGAGGGUGCGUUGGCGUACAGGAUAUGAUAAGGGGACGUUGUCCCCUCCUUUAGCGGGCUCUGAAUUGAUUCAUUUCUUCAUCACAA